CAUUCGCCGCUGAUUUUACCCUCCCUUCUGCAGCAACUCCUCUGCUGGACGGAUACACGCCAAUAGUGCGUCCGGCUGUUGCGGGUGUCUAGAAGACACACUCGUUGCGUCGCGUGAAAUUAGCGAAAGAGACAUUCGUAGUGGCCGCCCGGUCGUCCGGGCGUCAGCAGUCAGGUGACAGGGGUCAGGUGUCAGGGGUCAAGUCAGGGACCGCUGCUACUCUCUCGCCUGCUGGUUCCUCGGGUUUGUCUCGAGUCGACGGAGAUGAGCUCAUCCACGUGGAAUAGAUAGCUCAACACGGACCAAGCCGCGUGGGAUAGCAGAAUAGUGGAACCGCGUUGGGUCAGCGGAGCCGCGUGCCUUAGUCCAGCUUUUUACGAGCCGCGUGCGCUGGAUAUGGCGGUUAUUGCUACCUGAGUACGAUCAGUACUUACCGUUCCCUGCUCUUCACAGAUUCUUUUGUCGGUACGAGAUUCGCUGAUAGCGAGUCGACUUCAGGCGAGGACAGUUCUGGAUCGAGUAGUCGAGAUCGAUCCUGGUGUUCGGGUGACAGUGCCGGGGGAUGUCUUCGACGCUGUGCUUCGUUAUAGUGGGUCGCAAUGACUGUCCGCUCUACGAUGCCGAACUCGGCACCGCUCCCCGGCGCGACGAGGCGGCGCAUCUGCACCAGUUCAUAGUGCACGCCGCCAUAGACAUCGUGCAGGACGCCGUGUGGGCCACCAACAACAUGUACCUCAAGGCAGUGGACAAGUUCAACGACCUGCUCGUCUCCGUCUAUGUCACCGCUGCACAAACGAAGCUGCUGCUGUUGCAUGACGCGCGGAACGAGGAUGGGAUCAAGAACUUCUUCCAGGAAGUUCAUGAGCUUUACAUCAAGGUGCUCAUGAACCCGCUCCAUGUCCCUGGCUCCAAGAUCAUAUCAACGGUCUUUGACGCUAGAGUCAGGGCUCUAGCCAAGAGGCACCUUUGACACAAUUCCGCACACUCCUCAGAACAUUGUGUCAACCACAAUACUGCGCUGCUUUGAUUGAUCUGUUUUUGAGGCGCCUAAAAAAUAGACACAAUACCGCACACUCCUCAGAACGUCGUGUCAACCACAAUGCUGCGCUGCUUUGAUUGAUCACCGCUGCGCUUCUCUUCUCUCUCAACCUGCUGGGGAAGCAACAGUUCUCCCCCUGUCGUGUCAUCCUCCCCAGGGCCUCAGAUUGGCUUUAAGGUACCCUGAUUGCUCAGGGUCCCCCCCCCCCCCCCCCUUUCCCCUGGUUUUUCAGGACUACAUUUUUUUUUUUGGCUGAGCUAACAGGGGUGGUUAAAAAAAAAUCCUGAGUAAACAGGGUUGCACGCUAGAAUGGCGCUGAACAUCAACACUAGCGAAUACCGUAUUUGAAACAAGCAUAAAAUAAGCAUAAUCUA